UUCUUUUAACUCCCCGGGUCCAGUCACACACAGAAACUGUCCCGCCUGCUCCCGGCGUAGAGUUGUUUUACACCGUCCACCUUGUUUUUUCUCUAACAACAUCGGUGGAGGCUGCUGUGCUCCGCCGGCUGCGCCGCAGAGCCCGCGCUAAGAAAACCAUAAGAUGGAGUUCCAGGCUGUGUUGAUGGCAGCUGCUGGGGGCUCCCGCAUGAUGGACCUCACCUCCAGUAUCCCAAAGCCCCUUCUACCAGUUGGAAACAAACCACUAAUAUGGUAUCCUCUAAACCUUUUGGAACGACUUGGGGUUGAAGAAGUAAUUGUGAUUACCACAAAAGAAGUCCAUAAACAGCAACAGUUCGACACAAAAAUGAAAUUGGACAUGGUGUAUAUUCCUGAAGACACUGACAUGGGAACUGCUGACUCCUUACGAGAGAUACAUGGAAAAAUUAAGACAGAUGUACUGGUGGUCAGUUGUGACCUCAUUACUGAUGCAGCUCUGCAUGAGGUGAUUGACCUGUUCCGCGCACAUGACGCCACAAUGUCGAUGUUGAUGUGCAAGAUGCAUGACUGUACUGAACCUGUGCCAGGCCAAAAAGGGAAGAAUAAAGCAGCGGAACAAAGGGACUUUGUUGGAGUUGAUGACACAUUCAAGCGUCUACUUUUCAUGGCCAACGAAGCUGAUUUGGACGACGAACUUGUCAUAAGAAAGUCCAUGAUGCAGAAAUAUCCUCGGAUGCACAUAAAAACAUCACUUGUGGAUGCACAUCUGUAUUGCAUGAAAAAAUGGAUUGUGGAUUUCCUUGUGGAAAACAAAUCUUUCACGUCAAUCCGAGGCGAAUUGAUUCCUUAUCUAGUUCGAAAGCAGUUCACUUCUCCCAAAUCGGCUCAACUUUCUAAAGAUGAUAUAAGUGAAGGUCAGAAGCAAGCCCCCAAACCUACAGAAGAUAUAUUCAGUUAUAUCAAAGAGGAUGAUCUUCUGAAUUUAGCCAGAGAAAAAUCAUUUUGGAACGAUCAUCAUGGAGAUAUGAGUGAACCAUAUCAUGGAACCAAACUUCGCUGUUACGUACAUAUUAUGGAAAAGGACAUGUGUUACCGUGUAAACACUCUACCUUCAUAUAUUGAAGCCAACCGACAGGCUCCUAAAUUCUUAUCUACUUUAUCCCAAGAAGAAUCACUAAUCCACCCUAGGGCACAAAUUACUGAUACGUAUAUGGUUGGAGCUGACUGCAUGAUUGGCAGUUUGACUGAAGUAGCAGAGAAGUCCUCUAUCAAGCGGUCAAUCAUUGGGGCCUCAUGCACAAUCAAAGAGAAAGUUAAAAUUGCCAAUUCAGUGAUCAUGGACAAUGUGACAAUUGAAGAGGGGUGCUGCAUACAAGGCAGUGUUAUUUGCAGUAAAGCAGUCAUUGAAAAAGGGGCUGAUCUCAAGGAUUGUCUCUUGGGAAGUGGACAGCGUGUUGAAGCUAAGUCCAAACAUGUGAAUGCAAUAAUUGUGGGCAACGAUGGCUUGAUGGAGAUAUGAUGAUACUGCUGAUAUUCUGGAAUGGGUGACGUUUCGGGUCGAGACCCUUCUUCAAUUUGCUGUUCAUCUGGACAUUGGACAUGGACUGUUGGGAGACAAGUUAAAUCUUACAAAGGAAUGAGCAUUGGGUUUGAAUUGGCUCUGCUCCUAUGCAAGCUAAUUUCUACUGUUCAAAAUUUGAAUUUAUAUUCUAGAUGAUCAGAGUUUAAAAAGUCAUAUAACUUCACAUAACAACUCAGCAUGCUCGGAGUUAAAAAAAUAUUUGAGACUUCGGUUAUUUAAAUUUUUACGAAGAUGGUUGGCACGUAGGAGGUUCUCAGACUUAAGUAAUAAUUGUGUUUUUUGAUUCAUAUAUUUCUGAUGAAUAUAAAUUGGUCCAGAAGGAACAUCAUUAGAAAUGAAGUGACCGGUCAUAUUUAAUGUAAAUUGAUGGCGAAUGAAUGAUGGGACAAGGUUUUCAUCUGAUCUAACCCAAGAAGGCACUGGACAGAAGCAAACCAAAUACUGAGAAGAAGAAAAUUGACCUUUGCAUUGUCUGAUCUAUCCGGUGACAAUUUCAAAAUGCCAUUUGGCAUUGAUAGAAGUCGAAGAGGGAAUCAGUGAUCUAACUUUCGCUAACUAGAAAAUGCUACCAUGAACAACAACAAAAUGUUGACUCUAUAAAAAUCGUUAGGAAGCAAAUUGGGAGAGACUUUUCAGGGUGCUAAACUGAACGAAAUUGCUAAAUUUAUGGGCAUUAGAGCUUUGGACCUCUCCACAAACUUUGUUGGUCAGUACUGAACGAAGAGGGAUAUACUUAGCACACAGUUGUACAGGGACUUUCUCUUCCCAACACCAAAAUUAUACUUCUCUACCACUGUAUGUUUUCCAAUUUCUUAAUUCCCAAUCAAGAGUCAGUGGGCCAUGUUUACUGAGUAGCACUAAACUUUGAACAUUAAAAAAUGCCACCAUAUGAACUUGGACAGUCCAACACAGAGACUUGACUGUUAAAUCUGUCAGUUUUUUUUAACAUUCAGGUGUGAAAGUGAGUGAUGAUUUGGUGAUGGAGUUUCCAUAUCUGGCGUAUAUUUAUCCAUGUUAUAAUUUGUUUAAUCUCGCACAGACAGCCAUAUGGAUUCAGAUGUGAUAUUUAUUUAAAUAGGCUGGUGAUGCAGUAAAUAUCUGCCUCUUAAAGAAGCCUCCAAGAUCCCAACCUAUUGCUCAUUCCAAAUGCCGACAGUGCAGGUUCUUGAAGGAACCCAUAGGGUUGCUUCAAAAUGUCUGUAUUUAACCCAAUAAAAGAAAGAUCUGUUAA